AUGGCACCAAAGGCGGAGAAGAAGCCAGCGGAGAAGAAGCCUGCAGCGGAGAAAGCUCCAGCAGAGAAGAAGCCCAGAGCCGAGAAGAAGCUUCCGAAGGACGCCUCCUCGACUGAUAAGAAGAAGAAGAGGAACAAGAAGUCGGUAGAGACCUACAAGAUCUACAUCUUCAAGGUUCUGAAGCAGGUUCAUCCCGAUAUCGGAAUCUCAAGCAAAGCUAUGGGGAUCAUGAACUCAUUCAUCAAUGAUAUCUUUGAGAAGCUUGCUCAGGAGUCGUCAAGGCUCGCUCGUUACAACAAGAAGCCAACUAUUACUUCAAGGGAAAUUCAGACUGCUGUGAGACUUGUUCUUCCUGGUGAAUUGGCCAAACAUGCCGUGUCUGAAGGUACUAAGGCUGUAACUAAGUUUACUAGCUCUUAG